CGUAGCUCAUGUUUCCGUGAAAAUCAGAACGAGGCUCGUUUUUGUGGAAUUCAGCAGCAGCAGCAAUUAAUAACAAUUAAAUUAUUCAUUAUUUACAUUAGUAUAUAUAUAUAAGCAAAAAAUAUCGCGAAUUUAAAGUGCCAUUUCGAAACGAAAUCCAUAGACGACUAGAGAUUGCCAAAUAACGCACGAGGGAGGUUUACAGAAUGGCCAGCGGAACAGCAAACGACGAGGUACGGAUUUUAUCGCCGUCAGAAAGCGGAAGUGCGCAAACCGGAAGCGCAUCGAAUGUAAACAGAAUUGAUCGAUUUAUACAAAAGGGAGAGGAGAUUCUUGAGACAUUUGUUUCGUCGAUCCGAUCAUUUGAAGGGCAGGCCUUGAAGAUAAAGGAUCUAGCAACAUCGGUUAGUGAAAUUCAGGCCAAUUUAAAGAGAAAUAAUGACGAAUCUGGACAAAAUGAACCAAGCAAACGGAGGAAAGUUUCUCAUACUGUCAGUAAUUCGGACAGUUCGGAUUCGGAUUCCGACGGAGAUAUCGAUGGACUAAUGAAUGAACCUGGUCCUUCACAUCAUACAGAAGAUAGUGAAGGUCCAUUAACUGAUGAUGUAUUAAUGGGACUUGACAAUUUUUUUGUGGAAGAAGAGGAAACUGGGCCAGCCAUCAAUGAAACGGUUGCAAAGGUUGUGAACAAAUCUUUGAGACCAAACAAAAUUGACAAGGAAAAAAUUCAAGCUUUACAUCAAAAGUACAAACGACCAGCAAAUGUGGAAACGCUUCAGGUGCCAAAAAUUGACAAAUUUCUUUGGAAUCAGCUUGAGACCAAUGUAAAAUCUACUGACAUUUCAAAGCAACAUAUCAUUGAUGAUUUCAAUAAGGCGGCAGCACCUCUGGUAGCAGCAAUGGAUCAUGCUUAUGCCAAUGAUCAGCCAGAUCUUUCAUUCCUUAAAGAAUGCAUUGGGGACUCAUUCAAAAGUAUAUGCAGCACAAUAGCCAAAAUUAACAGCCAGAGGCGAGAUUCUAUUAGGAAGGAAGUGGACCAUUCAUUUAAGAGUCUCUGUGCUAGCGAAACCAACACUUCGGCAACAGGACUGUUUGGGGACAAGCUCCAAGAGCAAAGCAAGAAUGCGGAAUCAUGCCGUCAAAUCAAGAUGAUCAAUAAGGGGCAUUUUUUAGGGAAAGGCGGGGGGGGGGGCAAAAGUCAGCUUCCCCUGUACAGAUCAACACAGCGUCCACAGCCACCAGAAACUUAA